AUGCUUGGCUACAAGAUCAACAGCCACAACGAGCGGUACCCUCCAUGGAGUAAGAGACUAGAGGCCAAGAUAAAGGCAACACAAAGGGAAGUUAGCCAACUACUAGUGCUGCAGAAAGGUGUGAUGAAGACAGGGAUGCCUAAGAAACUUUCUGAAUGUUGGCUGUCAGAGACUCACUACAAAGUUGUGGCCUCUGCCCUGAAGUCUGACCCCUCCCACCUGACGGAGCUUGACCUGACAGGAAGUAAACUGCAGGAUUCAAGACUGAAGCAGCUGUCUACUGGACUGGAGAGUCCAAACUGUCGACUUAAAACACUGGUACUUGCUAACUGUGGACUAACAGAGAUCAGUUGUGAUUCUCUGGUCUCAGCGCUGAAGUCUAACCCCUCCCACCUGAGAGAACUGGACCUGAGCAGAAACAACCUGUAUGAUGUAGGAGUGGCAGGACUUUCUGCUGGAUUACAGAGUCCUGACUGGAGACUAGAGACUUUGAGACUAAGGUCCUGCAGUUUGUCAGAGAUCAGCUGUGUUCAUUUAGGUUCAGCUCUGAAGUACAAUUUGUGCUGUCUGAAAGAGUUGGACCUGAGUCAAAACGAGCUACAGGAAUCAGGAGUGGAGCAGCUUUCAGCUGGACUAGAAAGUCCAAAAUGUAGACUGGAAACCUUGAGACUUACUCACUGUGAACUACCAGGAAGCUGCUGUACAUUUCUGGGCUCAGUUCUGAAGUCAGUCUCUUCCUGUCUGACAGAGCUAGACUUGAGCCACAACAAAUUGCAUGACUCAGGAGUAAAACUUCUGUCUGCUGGGCUGGAGAAUCGAAAUUGUAGCCUGACGACUUUAAGGCUGAAGGACUGUCUGAUUAUGGAAAAUGGCUGUGCUUCUUUGGCUUCAGCUCUAAAGUCGAAUCCCACCUAUCUGAGAGAGCUAGACCUGAGUCACAACAAACUACAAGAUUCAGGAGUAAAGCUUCUGUCGAUUGGAUUGUCGACUCAAAACUUUAGACUUAAGACUCUAAGGAUAAAGGACUGUCAGAUUACAGAUAAAGGCUGCGAUUAUCUGUCCUUAGCUCUUAACUCGACCCAAUGUCCCCUAAGAGUGCUUGACCUGAGUUUGAACAAGUUAAAGAAAACUGAUGAAGAACUGAAGCUGAUGUUUUGGUCUCUGAAGGCACUUCAUUAAAGACUCUGGUCAGGUUUACAUGAACCUGGAGUAUGGAGGAGGAGACAUCCUUCAUUAAGCUGCCUAUCACCACCCUGAGUUCAUAUUCAAACAUCCUAGAAUUACUUAUUAUUUUAUUUUGUCUUCCUUCCCUUAGAUAGUCAUUUGAUGUCUUUAUUUAAAUUUAUAUAAAGGCUUUCAUUUGAUUCAGUGAACUACAGUCGUAAGGUCUAUAAGAAGAUGUGAAUGCACCAUUAUGGGAAAUCCCUACCGUGACCAACUACACCCUACACCUUGUUGGCAGGGAUCACUACUAUGCUUGGCUACAAGAUAAAAAGCAGUACUUUUAAUGGAGAAUGAAACUAGAGGCCAAGAUCAAUGUAGCAUGGAGGGCAGUUAGCCAACUAUCAGAGCUGCACAAAGAUGUGAUGUAAAAAGGAAUGCUAGGUACAGCAAGCUGCCAAUACCUGAGGCCUUAGAAACUGCCAAGCAAAGACUCAUUCACUUGAAAUGGUAAACCAGAGAGAUAGAAGCCAUUAUAACAAACAAGAUGUUCUCCACUGAACCAUCCAAGGUGUACUCUCAGUGUCAGAUGAACAAUAUGAGAAAAGCCCCACCAAGGCUGGAGACAGAACAAUACUGGAAGACCUAAUGGGAGAAGGAUGCAACCUGUGGCUAGUAGAGCUGGGAGAAGAUUACAGCAAGGUCCCUGAACAGGAUCCAGUAACAUCACAGUUGUAGACAUCCAACACAGAGUAGCUGCUAAUGGUUAAACGCAACCAUAAAAGCUAAUCGAACAGUGGGCAGUCCUGAUCCCCAAGGGUCCUCAGAAGGGAUCUGUCCAAUCCAACUACCAGCCAAUAACCUGCCUCAGAUUUUCAGUACCACAUGGAAGCUCCUGUCGGGCAUCAUAGUGGCUAAGAUGAACAGGCAUAUGGCUCAAUAAAGGCAGAGAUAGAAAUUAGCAGAAACACCGGAGUGGAAAACUCAACACCAUGCAGAUCGAUAGUGGAAUGCGUAGAACUAUACAACAUCAACAGGACCCUAAGAGCUUUCAUCAGGAAUUCAGUGGUAAUGUUGUUAACAACAAUGCAGAACAACUUCAAGCCGAUUACACAGGUCACCAUCAAGUGCAUGAUUUACCAAGGCAAUUUAAAUGUUAUCUGGAAAUUACUAGACAAGAGAGGGUUUUCAAGAAAAAUUCUUAAAUGUUCAUUUUCUAUGCCAUAUGUUAAAACAAGAUCUAGAGUGUGAU